AUGAUCCGCGAGAUCGACGCUUUGGACGGAGUCGCUGGGCGAAUAAUUGACAAGGCGGGCAUACAAUUUCGAAUGCUGAACGUGAAAAAGGGACCUGCGGUUUGGGGACCGAGGGCUCAGAUCGACAGGGAUCUUUACAAGACAUAUAUGCGGGAGGAGAUGCUCUCCACGCCGAAUUUGAGUAUCCUAGAAGGCAAAGUGGCGGACAUAAUAGUUUCGAAGGAGAACAUUCAUCCUCGAGACACGGUCUCCCAAGGUCGGAUUUCUGGGAUUCGUCUCGAGGAUGGUCAAGUCGUUCCUGCGUCUCAGGUGGUGAUUACAACUGGCACCUUCUUGGGUGGAGAAAUUCAUAUUGGUCUGGAAGCCUACCCAUCAGGGCGCAUGGGUGAAGCGGCAACGUUUGGUCUCAGCAAGUCGUUGCGAAGUGCAGGAUUUACACUUGGAAGGCUGAAAACGGGAACGCCACCACGAUUGGAUCGAGAUUCAAUCGACUUCAGUCGUCUGGAGAUCCAACCUGGAGACUCCCCCCCAAAUCCAUUUUCUUAUCUCAAUGAUACUGUUCAAAUAGGCGACAAGGGUCAACUCAAUUGCUGGACCACAUACACCAAUGACGCAUCUCACGCGAUCAUUCGUGCAAAUCUAGACAAGACGAUACAUAUUCGUGAGACUGUGAAAGGUCCUCGAUAUUGUCCAUCCCUGGAAUCCAAGAUCAUCAAAUUUGGGCACAAAUCACAGCACAUGAUAUGGCUGGAACCCGAAGGACUCGAACCAAAUAAGGUUAUUUAUCCCAAUGGCAUGAGCAUGACAGUACCAGCGGAUGCCCAGUACGCAAUGUUGAAAACAAUUGUUGGGCUUGAGAAUGUGAAGAUGCUUCAAGCCGGAUACGGGGUGGAGUAUGAUUACAUUGACCCUCGCAACCUGUUUGCCACUCUGGAAACGAAACUCAUCAAAGGUCUUUUCCUCGCAGGUCAGAUCAAUGGCACUACAGGAUACGAGGAGGCUGCUGCUCAGGGUAUUGUCGCCGGAAUCAACGCAGGUUUAGCGGCGCAAGGCAAAGAGCCAUUUACCCUUUCUCGCGCCGAAGCAUUUAUUGGCAUUCUUAUCGACGACUUGAUAACUAAAGGGGUAUCAGAGCCAUAUCGAAUGUUCACUAGUCGCAGCGAAUACCGCAUGAGUUGCAGAUCGGACAAUGCGGAUUUGAGGUUGACCGAAAAAGGACGCGAUGCUGGAGUUGUUGGAGACACUCGAUGGACACACUUUGCAAAUACCCGCAGCGAAAUGGCAGAGUUGCGGAAGACACUGGAAGAUGUCAAGCUAUCAAGCUCGGAAUGGCUCAAGCUCGGCAUGAAUGUCAGAACAGAUUCUAGCCGGCGAUCCGCAUUCGACUUGCUCCGGACAAAAAGCAUGGAUGUCAAUUCGAUUGCCAGCCGCACACCUGGUCUGUCAUCUACGACAUCUAACUACUCCGACUUGAUCAAAAGACGAGUGCUGAUUGAGAGCAACUACACACCUUACAUUGCCAGGCAACAGAAGAAUGCUGAUUCGUUCGAACGGGAUGAAUCGCUGUCCUUGCCUACCAAUCUCGACUACGAUAAAAUAUUUGGGUUGAGCUUCGCAGAGAAGGAGGUUUUGAAGCUCGUUCGGCCUGCAAGUAUCGGAAUGGCGAGACGGGUCGAGGGUGUCACACCCAGUGGAGCCUUACGGUUGCUCCAGUACGUUCGGACAGGCUCAAAGGCCGUUCGCAGUCCGACGGUGCCUGGUGAUGACCUACUGCAAUCUGAGCAAGAAGAGGCCGAAGGCGCGAUUGGCGCUGCUUGA